CCGUUACCGGCCUGCUAUACUGGGUGUAAAGAGUCUAAUAUUCAUCCAAGUUACGCGGCCUGAAGAAUAGCGACUCCCAAACACACCAUACACCCAACUGCCGUAGAACCUCCAGUCGCGUGCCGGUCUUGGCUUGAUGGGGUCCUCUCCGCACGAACGUGCGGGCCAACCCCAACGAGAGGGAACGGACGUCAUUCAACUACCUUUGCAUGACCAUCAGGACUUUUCCCACAACGACUCGUCAUCUGAACCUGACGAUGACAGUGUAGAUACUGCCAUUUAUGACGGAGAUUAUACACGAAGAACACCUCGCCCGUCGCCACUACUCAUAAAUUAUCGCCGCUUCCCCUCAGCCGACGAAGAUGAUAGCGAUCUCGAUCAUGACAGCGUUCUGCCAUCGCACGAGGAAUCUCAAGAAGAGAAACCAGUGACUUGGAGUUCUUUACCGAAGAAAGGGCAGCUGGCUAUCCUGACCUUUGCCAGGUUAUCGGAGCCGCUCACCCAAACCUCAUUACAAGCCUACCUGUUCUAUCAACUCAAAUCAUUUGAUCCGUCAUUACCAGACUCAGCAAUCUCGGCGCAAGCCGGUGUUAUGCAGGGAAGCUUUACUGCUGCCCAGUUCCUGACUGCGGUCUGGUGGGGUCGACUGGCUGAUGCAGAAUGGAUGGGCCGUAAGAGAGUUCUCCUGAUCGGUCUUCUGGGGACAUGUAUCUCGUGUUUAGGCUUUGGAUUCUCCCGAUCCUUUACAUCGGCUAUCGUCUUCCGGACUCUGGGUGGAGUGUUGAAUAGUAAUGUCGGUGUGAUGAGAACUUUGAUUGCUGAGAUCAUUGUGGAAAAGAAGUACCAAUCAAGAGCUUUCUUGCUACUGCCCAUGUGCUUCAACAUUGGUGUGAUCAUCGGUCCAAUUUUGGGAGGUUCGCUGGCCGACCCUGUCAAUAGCUUCCCAUGGCUAUUCGGUCCCGGCUCUGCAUUUGGAGGUAAAGACGGGGUCUGGUGGAUGCAACGCUGGCCGUUUGCUCUACCGAAUGUGUUGAGUGCUAUUUUCAUCUUCAUGUCAUUACUGGCUGUCUUCCUUGGCCUUGAAGAAACACAUGAAAUUGCCCGUUACCGCAGUGACUGGGGCCGUAAAAUAGGGAAAAGAAUCGUGCGAUUCUUUACUAGGCGGCCUCGACACUAUCGCCCUCUUCAAACUGAUGAUUCCGACUCCGUGUACCUCGAGGGCAGUGUGGGCACAUGGUCCGCUCCAUCGAGUCCGGCUCGCUCACGCACGUAUCCUCGACCUCGACCUCAUAAACGACCCGGCUUCCGACAAAUUUGGACCAAAAAUGUGAUGCUCACAUUGUUCGCCCAUUUCCUCUUGGCUUUCCACACGAGUGCCUUCAACGCAAUGACCUUUGUAUUUCUUCCAACCCCGCGCGCACCUGAAGGUUCUCGCGACGGGUUCUUCCACUUUGGUGGCGGACUCGGUCUACCUUCAGCGCGUGUCGGUCUAGCCACAGCUAUCAUCGGAUUCAUCGGUCUCCCUCUACAAAUCUUCCUCUAUCCUCGCAUCCAGUCCAAACUCGGAACCCUCACCUCCUUCCGCAUUUUCCUCCCCUUCUCGCCGAUCUCGUACAUCCUUAUGCCAUUCCUUGUCGUCCUACCCCGUCUAGUGUGGGUUGUUUGGCCGGCGUUCACCAUCGUGGUAUCUCUGCAAGUUAUUUCACGCACCUUCGCACUGCCUGCAGCCAUUAUUCUUGUGAAUAAUUGCGUGACUGACGCUUCUGUUUUGGGUACGGUUCACGGCGUUGCGCAGAGUAUUGCGAGUGCUGCUCGCACAUUGGGGCCUUUCCUUGGAGGGUGGGGUCUUGGUCUUGGCCUUGCUAAUAAUAUGGUCGGGGCUGUGUGGUGGGUGUUGGCUAUCGAAGCUUUCCUUGGCUGGUUUGUACUGUGGACCAUCCAGGAGGGCAAGGGUAUAGAGAAGCCAAAAGAAGGAAAUGAGGAUGAGGACGAUUGAUGCAUAGAGCUGGACUUACCGAUAAAAUUGUAUACGCAACCUUUGGGAUUAUGAAGAGAAACACCUCUCCUAUCUUAUAUAUUAGUUGAUGGAUGAGAACACCUCAUUCCCUAGCAAGUGACUUGGGUGGCAGACCCCAUGUUUCGUGCUGGUGGCUGAAUGGCUGGCAAAUACAGCCGAGCGGGUGCGCCUAGCUCCCGGGCGUAGCCAUGGGCCCAACUACUCGGCGAGCAUUUUCUAAAUUCAAGAAUGCUUAUCUUUAUCAGUUUCUUACUCUCGUUCUAAGCUGAUUGUUCUAAGUCUGGCCUGAACUUUGUCACCCACUGGCUGGAAUUGUCGGUGACUCGAUGUGGGUGAGCUAGUGACCUAAGAAAGGCAUUGACUGGCGGCCCUACCUAAUCUACACGAUCAGAUCCUCUGUCGCUGCUCUUCAACUUGGGGCUUUGCAACUAAAAGCACAAACCACCACAGAGGCCGGAACUGACGUCGUGUCCUCGUCAAGACGAAAAAGGUAGCUCCCCC